AUGAAGACUAUGUACUUUGGUCCCUUGCGCCUUAUCCAGGCUGUUCUGCCCCACAUACGCCAGCGCAAGUCUGGCGCGAUCAUCAACAUGAGCAGCGGUACUUCGCUCGACGGCAUUCCCGCUAUGGGUGUUUACGCAGGUGCAAAGGCUGGCAUGAAUGCUCUCACUAAGAUCCUCGCGAAGGAAGUUACCCCAUUCAACAUCCGCACCCUGACUGUUAUUUUGGGAACUUUCAACACCAACAUUCCCAACUCGGUGGUUUCGUGCGAAACUCCCCCGCUAGAAGACUACAAGGGUACCUUAACCAAGCUGGUCCAGGUACUCCUGGUCAGUGGCAAUAUCAAGCCUAAGAGUGACAAGGACAAGGCGGUGCAGGCUGUAUUCCAGGUCGUUGCUGACGAGGGGAUCGGCGAAGGCAAACAGAUCGAGAAGCUUCUUCCGCUGGGGAGUGGCAUGACCCCUCAUCUCAAGGGCGUUCUGGACUAUCUCGGAAAUGCCGUAGACGUGUCCGGUUCUGUGACUAACAGUGUGGAUGUCGCCAAAUAG